AUGCAGUCUGGAAUUAGUGCCUCCCAAGAACUUCACGAUGCCUUCAACUCCUUCGUCUCAGCAUCCGACCAACGAGCACUUCUCGCAGGCAUCGAGAAAGAGCAGCUAGUCCCCAAAACCACAAUCCCACUCAACGCCUCCGACUUCAAAGACGACCUCGGCGACCUGCAGUCGCAUCUAUCACCCAACGAAGCCGCAUACAUCCUCCUCAAAGUUGAGCCGGGCGCCGCCAAUGGCUUCAUCGCUGUCACUUUCGUGCCCAACUCGGCCCCCGUCCGCCAAAAGAUGCUCUUCGCCGCAACACGCCUGACCCUCGUCCGUGAACUUGGCAUCGAACGUUUCCGAUCAACCCUAUUCGCGACAGAAAAGGACGAGCUCACGGCGCACGGCUGGACGAAGCAUGAGCAACACGAGAGCCUUUCGGCUCCUUUGACCGAGGAGGAAGCUGGACUGGCGGGCGUGAAAGAGGCGGAAGCACAGGAAUCUCAAGGCACUGGUGCCAGGAGAGGUCACGUCGACAGCAAAAUGAAUGUGCCAACGGGCGAAGGAGUGCUAGAAGCUCUGACAAGUCUGAAAGAGGAAGGUUGCAAGGGCACACUAGUGCAGUUGAAGUUCCAGCUGCCUGGCGAGACCCUCACACUCGAUUCUUCACAAGACAACGUUCAGCCCGCACAGGUCGCUCGCACCAUUUCCUCGACUGAACCGAGAUAUUCGUUUUACUCUUUACCCUCGAGUACGGAGCCGAAUAUUUUGUUCAUCUACACAUGUCCGACCAGCUCGAAGAUCAAGGAGAGGAUGAUAUACAGCACGAGCAAGAGCUGGACUCGAAUCGUGGCGGAACGUGAUGCUGGCAUUACCGUAACCAAGUCGUUGGAGGCAACCGAACCGAGUGAGCUUACUGCGGAUGUGUUUGGAGGCGAGAGUACGGCGAGCACAGAGCAGGGCGGUGCAGACACGAAGCCUACCACUGGGUUUGCGAGGCCGAAGAGGCCAGGAAGGCGAUAG